GGUGGCGGCGGCAGCAGCGAUGGCAGGGAAGGAGUUGGAACGGUGCCAGCGGCAGGCGGACGAGGUGACGGAAAUCAUGCUCAACAACUUCGACAAGGUCCUGGAGCGCGAUGGGAAACUGGCGGAGCUGGAGCAGCGUUCUGACCAACUCCUGGACAUGAGCUCAGCCUUCAGCAAGACAACCAAGACCCUGGCCCAGAAGAAGCGCUGGGAGAACAUCCGUUGCCGGAUCUACUUGGGGCUGGCAGUGGGCGGCAGCCUGCUCAUCAUCCUGAUUGUGUUGCUGGCCAUCUUUCUCCCACAGAGCAGUGCCUCACAGGCCCAGGAUGCAGGGGCUGCCUCAGGGCCCGGGGACUGACCCAGCUGGGCCUGGAGGAGGGCCGAGUGGCCACACUGGCUGGUUCUGGUCUCCAGAGAACGCUGGUGUUUGCUCCGAUCUGAGCCGCCCAACCGAGUGCUGAAGAGCAGCCCUGAUGUGUGCACCUUUGCAUCUCCUAAUAUGCCACAGACUGGUCCUUGAGGGCAGCCUGCUGCCCUGUCCGUGCGAGGCCAGCCCCACCUUAGCCCAGUAAAAGCUGCUGUUUGGUUAAAAGCUGCUGUUUGGUUAAAA